AUGCACUUGUCUUGGAUCAUGCUGGCCGCGGUCACGACCGCCCUCGCUUUGCCAUCGGGACCUUUGCCAACGCCAAUCUCGCCAGACUCUUUGGCAAAACGUCAAGACAAUACCGUAACUUCUUCCGCAACAUCAUCUAUCCCAACAGGAGAUUUCAUCGCUACAAAAUACAUCACCAUUCCUGGCGUGACAAACAGCUACGUCACAGUCCCAGCAAAGACCAUCGACAUCGCCAUUCCGACAUGUAUCCAGACGAUUGAACCCGACGCCAAUGGCUACAUCCCACCUGGCGAAUGCGGUGCCAUCUGGAACUACUACCCUAGCUUCGCAGCUGCGGCGGUGUUUGCGGCCCUCUUCGGCAUUUUAACCGUCGUCCACAUCUGGCAGGCCGCCAAGCACAAGAAGAGAUGGUGCUGGGUUAUUAUUAUGGCGAGCAUCUGGGAGACUCUGGCCUUCAUCUUCCGAGCUGCAAGCAGCAAGAACCAGCAAAGUAACGGCAUCUACCUCGUUUUUCAGAUUUUCAUCCUGCUUGCGCCUAUUUGGGUGAACGCCUUUGCAUACAUGACCUUGGGCCGGAUGAUCUACUUCUUCCACCCCUAUCGCUCUCUCCUCCGCAUCCCCGCCGCAACAUUCGCCGCCAUCUUUGUCGCACUUGACAUCGUAUCAUUCGCUGUGCAGCUCACUGGAGGCAGCAUGGCCGGCCCGACAGCGCCACCCGCGGAACAGAUGAAGGCGAUUCACAUCUACAUGGGCGGCAUCGGACUCCAAGAGUUCUUCAUCCUCAUCUUCGUUACCUUGGCAUUGAAGUUCCAGGUUGAAAUGCAAAGGCUGGACAAGCUUUCUGGGAAGCAAUCUCGCUCCUGGAAGCCUCUCAUAUGGGCGCUUUACUUUUCCCUCGGCAUGAUCUCCGUGCGGAUCGUCUACCGCCUGAUUGAAUUUUCUUCGGGCCACGGGAUCGACAAUGUUCUGAUCACACACGAGGCUUACUUUUACGUUUUGGAAGCUCUGCCGAUGCUGCUCGCCAUUGCGGUCUUCAAUGUCGUUCAUCCGGCUGUGAUUAUGAAUGGCCCAGGAUCGGACAUGCCCGGUCUUUUUGCGACCAUGAAGCAUGGACUCUCGAGAAGAAAGGGACGAAUUCCCCUUGGACAGGGUCCGGAGGGACAAGAACUUACUCGGAGAAGCCCUAGUCCAUGA